AUGAGUCAAAAAAUUACUGUCGAUUACCUUGUCAUUGGUGCGGGUGCUAUGGGAAUGGCUUUCGUUGAUACCCUGUUUACCGAUAAGCCUAACGCCACUUUCGCUAUUGUCGACCGCUACAGCCGCCCAGGUGGUCACUGGACCAAGGCUUAUCCCUUUGUACGCCUCCACCAGCCAUCUACGGGUUACGGGGUCAAUUCCAGAGCCCUUGGUGAGAACAAGAUUGACAUGGUUGGCUGGAACAGCGGUUUGGCCGAGCUCGCGACAGGCGACGAGAUCUUGGCCUAUUACACCCGGGUCCUAACGCAGCAGUUCCUACCAUCCAACCGGGUCACCUACUACCCUUUGUGCGAAUAUACUAGUGACGGCGAGUUUCACUCCACCGUCACCGGGAAGAGGUAUUCUGUCGGAAACGAAACUCGGAUUGUCGAUACCACCUUCUUGCGCCAAAAGGUCCCCUCUAUGGGCCCGCCUAGCUAUAUUGUCGCAGACGAUGUGAAACUUGUAACACCGAAUGAGCUGGUUCACGUCUCUCGACCAUUUGCUAACUACACUGUUGUUGGUGCUGGCAAGACUGCAAUUGAUGCCUGCCUCUGGAUGCUAAGUAUGGGCAUUGACCCUUCAAAGAUUACGUGGAUUAUGCCACGCGACUCGUGGUUUUAUGAUCGAAAGUACCUACAGCCCUUGGACUCGCCGCUCCAGAUGCCACGUAAGUGGGCUGAAUUACAGUUUGAAGCAGUCAUGGCCGCUACAUCUGUAGAUGACAUGUUUCAACGGCAAGAUGCAUCCGGGGCCCUAUUGCGCUUGUCUAAGAACGAAUGGCCUACCAUGUUCCACUGCGCAACUAUAACUUUGCCAGAACUUGAGCAGAUUAGGAAGAUCGAGCAUAUCGUUCGAAUGGGUCGAGUGAAACAUAUCACCGCGGAUCAGGUUACUCUGGAAGGCGGAAAAUAUACUCCUGUGCUCGAUACGCUCUAUAUCAAUUGUACGGUUGACGAGCCCAUGGGAAGCGGAUCGGCUCCCGUGUUCAACGGCAAACAUAUCACUCUCCAGCCUCUCCGCGCCUGUCAACAAGUAUUUAGUGCCGCCCUUAUUGCUCAUGUUGAGGCUGAGUACGAUAAUGACGAAAAGAAGAAUUCUCUCUGCGCCCCGGUACCGCACCCUAACAAGCCUAUUGACUGGCUUAGAAUCAGACUUCAGGAAUAUGAGAAUAAGGUAUCAUGGGACGCAGACCCAAAGAUGGUUACCUGGCUGAGCAAAUCCCGCCUUAAUUUGUACAGGGACCUUCAACCAUCGCUGCCAGAGGAUCGCGAGGGGCGGCGGCUCGCAUUGCAAGCAUUCGAGGAAAGGAGGGCAGCAUAUUUUAACAAGCUCCGAAAGCUUUAUGACGAUCAUGAAACGGUAAAUGUGAAGCUAUAA